ACAGAGAGAGAGAAAGAGAGAGAUAACAGCAGAGCAAAGGAGAGAGAGAGAAAGAGGAGGAGCAACAGAAGAAAGAGAGAUACACACAGCUCCACACACAUCAGUGAGUGAGUGACAGUAGAUGAGGGAUACAGGAAAUAAAAAGAGUAAGAAGACUGAAGAAAGAGUAAAGACAAAACUAGGGAGAGAAAACAUAAAGCAGAGAGUGAGGCAGAGGGGGGCUGCUGCUGGGAAUCCAUCCAGCACACUGCAGAGAGAAACCAGUGAGGCUGGGAGAGGACUGGGAGGACAGACUGGUUUUACGAGCAGACUGCAAAGCACCAUGGCCGACAACGUGAGCGAGGAGUCUGAUUAUACCCCGGGGAAAGAUGAGCUGGACUGGGGCUACGAGGAAGGUGUAGAAUGGGGACUCCAUUUCCCAGCAGCCAACGGCGAGUACCAGUCUCCCAUCAACUUGAACUCCAGGGAGGCUCAUUACGACCCAUCCCUCCUGGAUGUCGGCUUAUCACCAAACUAUGUGGUUUGUCGAGACUGUGAGGUAAUCAACGAUGGACACUCAGUCCGCAUCAUUCUCAAGUCCAAGUCAGUGGUUACCGGUGGUCCGUUGCCUAGUGAUCAUGAGUAUGAGCUUCAUGAGGUUCGAUUCCACUGGGGCAAAGAGAACCAGAGAGGAUCCGAACACACUGUAAACUUCAAGGCUUUCCCUAUGGAGCUCCAUCUGAUUCACUGGAACAGCACUCUGUUCAACUCUCUGGAGGAUGCUCUUGGGAAGAAGAAUGGAGUCGUCAUCAUAGCUCUGUUUGUGCAGAUCGGUAAGGAGCACCUGGGUCUGAAGGCCAUCACCGAGGUUCUGCAGGACCUGCAGUACAAGGGGAAGAGCAAGAUCAUCCCCUGCUUCAACCCCAACACUCUGUUACCUGACCCUUUGCUGAGAGACUACUGGGUGUAUGAAGGAUCUCUGACCACUCCACCCUGUAGUGAAAAUGUGACCUGGAUCCUCUACCGCUACCCCCUCACCAUCUCCCAGCUACAGAUCGAGGAGUUUCGGAGGCUGCGAUCCCAUUUCAAAGGGGCGGAGCUGCAAGAAGGGAAUGAUGGGAUGUUGGGGGACAACUUCCGGCCCACGCAGCCGCUCAGUGACCGGACGGUUCGCGCUGCCUUCCAGUGACCCGCACCUUCAUCACCACUCAGAACACUCCCCCCCGGUCCUCCUGGUGAGAGAGUGAUGAAGAGGUGGAGAGAGGAACACACACAGGGAGAGAGAAAUUGGACCAGCUUCAGACUGAAGGAGGACAGAGAGACUGCUGACUUACAUCUUCACUGAGUGCUUGUGUUCGUGUGUGUGGGUGUUUCCUUUCUGCAUAACUAUUGUGUGUAUGUGUGUGUAACAUCCUCCAUGCGGUUGUGUGUGUACUGUUUCAAUAUUAUUGUACGUGUCUGUGUCCUGAUUACAAGAUAGGAGACUUUACAACCAGCCCUGCUGUCUCUGCUGUCAAAACAAGAGGCACACACACACCACACACGCACGCACACACACACACACACACACACACACACACACACACACACACACACACACACACACACACAAACACACCACACACACAACACA